AAAUAAGAGCCUUCCCUUUCACCUUUUACAUCCUUGUCUGAAUUCUUAAGUCGCCUUCGUCCAUCCACCCGCAUAUCCAGUCGCCUUCGAUUAUCGAUUGGUAAUCGAGGAGGGGUUGACAAAGAGCCAUGAGGAUAAGUCCUGGUCCACAGGAGCUCAAUAUUGAAGGUUCCUGCACUAAUUACAUUUCUUGACUUGCAAGGCCGGUGCAGUUGAAGUCUUCGUCUUCUCUCUCUCUCUCUCUCUCUCUCUCUCUCUCUCUCUCUCUAUGGUUUGAGCAUUUUAUCCAGUCUUCUUUCUCCCUGCAGAUAACUACUAGAUUAAGAUUUCUGGUAAUGGCGGUCAGAUGAAUUUAGUAUAAUUAUUCUGUCGUUUGUCCGAAAAAAAGCUAAAAAAGAUUAGUUCCAUAAUAUAGCUAGAGUUUUGGGACAUGGGUUUGAAGAGGAUAUUGAUGGAUUCUAUUAAGAGAGUUGGGGACUCUAGUCAUUGUUUUGCGGUUCUUCGUCGAUUUGUUUUAUAUAAUCCAUAUGGUUUUUCAAUUCCGUGCUGCUAUUGUGAGUCCUUCUUCUCAAGCUUCUGGAAGAGUUGGGUUGGUUAAAGAGAUGCAGGCAACUGCAUGGAGAUAUUUGUUCUUCUACUUCCCGGCAGACGUAUUUAUGAUUCUUCCACUGCCACAGGUCCUCUUUUUUGCUAUUGUUCCAAAACUAAAUGCUUCAAGGGUUUUGGGUGCAACAAAAUCAUUGAACUUCAUAGUUGUCUUUCAAUAUGUGCUGAGGUUCCUUCGCAUAUGUUCCUUAUUGAAAAAAGUUACAAGUAAUUCGGGCAUCCUCGCUGGAACUGCAUGGGUUAAUCUCUUUCUAUACAUGCUCGCUAGUCAUGCAAGUCCCGUAACCAUUUCCCAUGUUUUCUUGCAGAAUUGUUGCACCAAUGUAUAAUUAGGAAAUUUGUGCAGAUUCUGACGAUCCUUUGUU